AUGGAUUCUAACGCUAGUCAUAUGCUGGAAGCGGCGUUGGAGCAGAUGGAUGACAUCAUUGCAGGCACAAAGUCAGCUACAGAGUAUGCUAAUGGUGGUUAUGAUAUUGUGUCACCUGCUCCAUCAGUGUACUUGGGUACAUUUCAAAUUUUGCAUCUCCUGGAAGAUCUGAAGGUGGCACUGGAAAUGCUAGAGGAUCCUCAAGAGAAGGAAGCAUUGCGAAAUCAAAUUCCAGGGGCCACAGCAAUGUGUAUACGGGAAUGGUUUGAAGAGAAUCUGUCACAGGUGAAUCAUCAUUCAUCUAACAAUGAAACUUAUCAAGACAGAUUGGCACGAUUAGAAGGUGAUAAAGAGUCGCUCAUACUGCAGGUAAGUGUUCUUACAGACCAGGUGGAAGCUCAAGGUGAGAAAAUCCGGGACUUGGAAGUCUGUCUUGAGGGGCAUCAGUUGAAACUGAAUGCUACAGAAGAAAUGCUUCAACAGGAGUUGCUAAGUCGAACAUCACUAGAGACUCAGAAAUUAGAUCUAAUGGCUGAAGUUUCAGACCUGAAGAUUAAGCUGGUUGGUAUGGAAAAGGAACAGAGUGAAUAUGAAGAGAAACAGAACAAAGCUGAGGGUUUGCUGCAGGAACUUAGACACCUCAAAAUUAAAGUGGAAGAACUGGAAAGUGAAAGAAAUCAAUAUGAGUGGAAAUUAAAAGCAACUAAAGCUGAGAUAGCCCAGCUUCAAGAGCAGUUAGCUCUCAAAGAUGCAGAAAUAGAACGCCUGCAAAGUCAACUGUCUAGGACCUCAUCACAUAGUGAAGUGGCAGAAAGAGAUCAAGAAGUUCAACGGUUGAAGAUAGGAAUGGAAUCAUUAUUGGCUGCAAAUGAAGAAAAGGACCGUCGAAUAGAGGAGUUAACACACUUGCUAAGCCAGUACAGGAGGGUCAAAGAGAUAAUGAUUGCAGCUCACGGUAAAGUGUCUUCCUCUUCUGUCUCUGGUGGCAGUGAAGAGGAACUUGAGACAACUUUAAGGAAGUGGAAUCUUUUGAAUAAUCCUCAAGGAGAAUUAAUUAAAACAGAGGCCUCUUCAGGAGAACUGUCACCAGCUGUGUUGUCACCAGUGCCACACAAAGCCAUGGAAAUCAGGGUUCCACAGAAAAAAAAGUCCAGUAGUUUAGAAGACUUGCAGAGUGAAUCUUUGGAAAAGUAUGUAGACGGAAAACCAGUACAGCCUGUUGUAGAACAAGAGAGUAAGCCACUUGUGAAAGGCAGCAAGUACCAAACCCUGCCAGGGAAGCUGCCUCGGCCGGCACAGAACGGAGAGCAGGGAAAGUGCAGUUCCCCGGAGGGGGGUGGCACGAACGGCACCGAGGAGAACGGCAGCCUGGGGCUCAGAGAAACAGAGAAUGUGGAUGGUACAGUAAUCUCAGACGACCUUUCACCUCUUUCUUCGGGAACGGAUACAGGUCCACAAUCUCCACUGUCUCCAGAAAACAGAAAGAGUCCAAAAGGGAUCAAGAAAAUCUGGGGAAAAAUAAGAAGAACUCAGUCAGGUAACUUCCCUGCAGACGAUCUGGGUUUGGCAGAGUUUCGAAGAGGUGGUCUCCGUGCAACAGCUGGACCCCGGCUAUCCCGAUCAAAGGACGCCAAAGGCCAGAAAAGUGACUACAAUGCUCCGUUUGCUCAGUGGAGCACUGAAAGAGUCUGUAACUGGCUUGAGGACUUCGGUCUCGGCCAGUAUGUCAUUUUUGCACGGCAGUGGGUGACUUCGGGCCAUACAUUGUUAUCUGCAACGCCUCAGGACAUGGAAAAGGAAAUGGGAAUAAAGCAUCCACUGCACAGGAAGAAAUUAGUUUUGGCCAUUAAAUCAAUCAAUGCAAAACAAGAUGAGAAGUCUGCACAACUUGAUUAUAUCUGGGUGACACGAUGGCUUGAUGAUAUUGGUUUACCUCAGUACAAAGACCAGUUUCAUGAAUCCAGAGUUGAUGGGAGAAUGUUGCAGUACUUAACUGUGAACGACCUUCUCUUUCUGAAAGUCACCAGUCAGCUGCAUCAUCUGAGUAUUAAAUGUGCCAUUCAUGUGCUGCAUGUCAAUGGUUUCAACCCCCACUGUCUACGCAGGAGACCAAUUGAAGAGGUGAAAAAAAUCGGUUCGGCUUCUGAGGUGGUGCAGUGGUCCAACCACAGAGUGAUGGAGUGGCUCCGAUCAGUCGAUCUGGCAGAGUACGCUCCAAACCUUCGAGGAAGCGGAGUGCAUGGUGGCCUGAUCAUGCUUGAACCUCGCUUCAACGGUGACACGCUGGCCAUGCUGCUGAACAUUCCACCUCAAAAGACCCUCCUGCGACGCCACCUUACAACCAAUUUUAACAUAUUAAUUGGACCAGAAGCACAACAAGAAAGAAGAGAAAUAACGGAGUCUGCAGCAUACACACCUCUGACCACCACUGCCAAAGUUCGGCCAAAGAAACUUGGAUUUUCACAUUUUGGAAAUUUAAGAAAAAAGAAAUUUGAUGAAUCAACAGACUACAUUUGUCCUAUGGAUGCGAACCCAGCUGCUGCAAAUGGCACUCAGAAAAACUACAGUGGAUACAAAGGACUUAGUCCGUUCACUGAUAGGGAACUGGAUCAGAUGGAACAUUCAGCAGGAACAGUAAUGCAAAUAGGGGCUCUUUCUCAAGGCAUAAGUCACCUUACGGUAUGUACUGUUUCCACUCCUGUUUUCAAGUCACAAAUGUAUUCUGCUAGAAUUCAGUGA